AUGUCGAUAUACAAAUCUUAUCGCGGUGAGGAUUGCAUAUCAUGGUUUAUCAAGGAAUUAUACGAUUUGGCGCAUCACACGAAAACGAUAUUCGAUAAGAAUAUGGCUAUGGCGGAGUUUACAUCAAACGUCGAGUGGGAACAAUUUCGAAACGCGACUCACUGUCAUAUCUGUGAAAGACCAUUUGAGGAAGGAGAUUUGCGCGUACGCAAUCACUGUCAUUUAACCGGACGUUAUAGAGGUCCUGCACAUUCACGUUGUAAUUUACUGUAUCACGAUACGUACGUUAUUCCUGUAGUUUUUCAUAACUUGGCAGGUUACGAUGCACAUUUUAUCAUAAAGGAUAUUGCUAAUAGUUUUGUGGGUAGAGUCGACUUGUUACCUAUAACGAAAGAAAAAUAUAUAUCGUUUACGAAACAUGUCAAGGCUACAAACUCUAAGCAGGGAACGGACUGUUUGAAAUUGCGUUUUGUGGAUUCAUUCAAAUUUCUCAAUACUAGUCUCGAGAAAUUGGUAUCGUAUCUCGACAAGAGUAAAUUGAAAAUUAUACGAUCGGAAUUUUCCAAUCUUGACGCUGAGGAUUUUGAUUUGCUUACGCGGAAAGGAGUGUUUCCGUAUGAGUAUAUUGAUAGCGUUGAUAAGCUAAAUGAGACUAGUUUACCACCGCGUGAACUGUUUUAUAGUUCGUUGACCGACGAGGCUGCUUCCGAUGAUGAUUAUCAACACGCGACGAACGUUUGGCGACGUUUUUGCAUAGAGACUCUCGGUGAUUACAGUGAUUUGUAUCUCAAGACAGAUGUGCUUCUAUUAGCAGACGUUUUCGAAAAUUUUCGUGAUACGUGUAUUGAGAGUUACGGAUUGGAUCCAGCGUAUUAUUACACUUUACCGGGAUAUACAUGGGACGCUAUGUUGAAAUACACUGGUAUUCGAUUCGAAUUACUUACCGACAUCGAUAUGGUGAUGUUUGUGGAACGUGGUGUACGCGGUGGUUUGAGUCAGUGUUCACAUAGAUACGCGCAAGCUAAUAACAAGUAUAACGUAUCUUCGUACGAUCCUUCGGAACCCUCGACGUACCUCACGUACUUCGACGUGAAUAAUUUGUAUGGUUGGGCGAUGUCCGAAUCCUUACCGUACGGAGAAUUUCAAUGGGUCGACGACAUCGAGCGCUUUGACGUAAUGUCUGUAUCGUCAGACUCCGUUAUCGGUUAUAUUCUGGAAGUCAACCUUGCGUAUCCACAAAGCAUUCAUGACACUCACGUUGAUCUUCCAUUUUGCCCCACUCGCGAACGACCUCCCGGAAAACGGAAUGUUAAACUGCUGGCCAAUCUUUACAAUAAGGAGCGCUAUGUCGUGUACUAUCGCAAUCUGCAGCAAUGUAUUCAUCAUGGUCUCCACAUCACAAAAAUUUACCGUAUAUUACAAUUCGCCCAAUCCCCAUGGCUUCGCGGAUAUAUCGAACUUAAUACGAGAUUUAGAAUGCUCGCGAAUAACGAAUUCGAGAAGAAUCUUUACAAAUUGAUGAACAAUGCGGUAUUUGGAAAAACGAUGGAGAACGUACGCGAUCACGUUGACGUUCGACUUAUAACGCGUUGGGAUGGGAGAUAUGGUGCGGAAGCGAUGAUAGCGAAACCGAAUUUUCACAGUAGAAGUAUUUUUUCUGAAAAUCUAGUUGCUGUGGAAUUGCGCAAACUCGAGGUAAAAAUGAAUAAACCGAUAUACAUAGGUAUGUGCAUUCUCGAAAUAGCUAAGUUGCGUCUAUACGAAUUUCACUAUGAAUACGUAAUACCAUUGUAUCGCGAUACAUGUAAGAUUUUGUACACGGACACUGACAGUUUGAUUUAUCUUCUGGAGUGUGAGAAUGUAUACGAUACGGACAUCAAGCGUGAUAUCACGAGAUUCGAAACGAGUGAUUAUCCUGAGAGAAACGUGUAUGAUAUUCCACGCGUAAAUACCCGAGCGAAGAUGUAUGCGUUGAGAGUGAUUGGAAAGAGCGAUACGAAGAGAAUAAAGGGUGUUAAGAAAAACGUAGUCGCGAAAACGAUCACUUUCGACGAUUAUGUGCGAUGUUUGAACGAUGUAACGGUACAGUCGAGACGUCAGUCGUCCAUACGAUCGACAUUGCAUGAGGUCUACACGGUGUCUGAAUUGAAACUUGCUCUUAGUCCAUACGAUGAUAAGCG